UCUUCCCCUCCCCUCCCCAGUGUAGUGAGUGUACUGUCGUCGGCAGGUUGAUUGCUUCGCAUUUGCACUUGCACGGUGUUCAGUAGAAACGACGAUGGCUGACGACAGGGAACCUCCACCGCUGUUCGAGAACGUGGACAUUAGCAAACACGACGAGGACGGCAGCGAAGACAUUUUCAGUUCGGCUUUCGAUGACAUCAGUGGCUUAAGCAUAUCUAAUAGCAGACCCGUCGAAGUCAAUGGUGAUUCUAAAACCUCUCAAAUUAAUCAUGCCAAAGAUGAAUUAAGUGAUGCUAUGGAAGACACUUCACCAACUGCUGCUCCCAAAAAAAUUAUUAACAAUGAUGCUAGAGAACAAAUGGAAAGGGAUGGGGGAGACCAAUUUUUGGAAAUAACAGUCUCUGAGCCCAGUAAGAGAGGAGAGGGUAUGGGGGCAUUUGUUGCUUACAAAAUAGUAACCAGGACCAAUAUGAAACUCUUUCGGAAGCAGCAGUUCUUUGUUUAUCGUCGUUUUUCCGACUUCCUUGGACUUCAUGAUAAGCUUGUGGAAAAAUACUUAAGGUCAGGCCGGAUUAUCCCUCCUGCUCCUGAGAAAAGUGUCAUUGGCACAACUAAAAUCAAGAUGUCUAACCAGAAUGACCAGCAAAGUCUCACAGGCGAUUUUGUUGAGAAACGUCGUGCAGCAUUAGAACGCUACAUGAAACGAACUGCAGCACACCCAGUUUUAUGUGUAGACCCAGAUUUUCGAGAAUUCCUCGAGUGUGAGGAUGAAUUACCACGAGCAAACAGCACAUCAGCUCUAAGUGGUGCUGGUGUGCUACGCCUCUUUAACAAAGUUGGUGAAACUGUGAAUAAGAUUACUUUCAAGAUGGAUGAAAAUGAUCCUUGGUUUGAUGAAAAAACUACUCAAAUGGAGAAUUUGGACACUCAAUUGAGGAAGCUGCAUGGCAGUGUUGAAUCACUAGUUCUUCACCGUAAAGACUUGGCAGGCCUCACUUCUUCUUUUGCUAAGAGUGCUGCCAUGUUAUCUAAUUGUGAAGAACACACUGCCCUAUCUAGAGCCCUUUCCCAGCUAGCAGAAACAGAAGAAAAAGUUGAAGCAUUACAUAACGAUCAAGCUAACACAGAUUUUUCCAUCAUGUGCGAACUUCUAAAGGACUACAUUGCUUUAAUUGGAGCAGUCAAGGAUGUUUUCCAUGAGCGGGUUAAAGUUUAUCAAAACUGGCAACAUGCUCAAUUAAUGCUCAAUAAAAAGCGUGAACAGAAAGCUAAACUGGAGCUUUCUGGAAAACCUGACCGGGGUAAUACUGCUGGAGUUGAAGUGAUUGAGUGGCAAGCUAAAGUUGAGCGUGGACAGGAGGAAUUUGAUGCAAUCUCACAAAUGAUUAAGAGGGAGAUGGAACGAUUUGAGAUAAAUAGAGUUAAAGACUUCAAGGAUACUGUAAUAGUUUAUCUGGAGAACCUUAUGUUACAUCAGCAACAGCUGGUGAAACACUGGGAAGCGUUUUUGCCAGAAGCAAAGGCUAUUGCGUAAAUUUCUGCAAAGCGGUAUUUUGUAAAGCAAACAUCAAGGAUAAGUCAUCUAUAACAAGUGUUUACAUGAUUAUUUUGUAUAAUAUACCGAUAGCUCUCAGCGCUUAUGGUUUUAAUGUACUUGAAUACUUUGUGUUUGGGCACAGGAUGCCAGUAUUGCUAAUGAGCAAAUGACUUACAUGUGCAAGAGUGACGGGUAUAGAAUUCUUUUUGUGAUAUCUACUUUUAGUUACUCUUUUCUUCUCCCAACAUGUCCUGUUUUUUAUAAAUGCUCAUAUUUUUCAGUUAGUUUGAUUUUUCCAGUAAUCUCUUUCCUGAAAAUAAAAUAAAGAGAUUUUGGUGGUUUUUUCCCUACAGGAAUAGUCUUUUCUCAAAGGCAUUAGGUUCUUCCUGUUAUGCAAUUGAGUUAAAUUAAAAAAUGUGAUAUUGUUCUUACAUCUAUUGCUUAUUGGUUUUCUUCACAAGUAUUACAAAACUGACUGAUAUUUCUCAAGUGCUACUGUAAACUAAAAUUUUCUGAUAGUAUUGAAUCCAAUGCAGAUGGAUCUUCCCCAUUGUUGAUGUGUAAAUUUUCAUAGGUCCUAUUUCAUUAUGACCUUACAAAGUUGAAAGAAGAAAAUAUCUUUCUUCCCCAACAAUGUCUCUGGAAAUGCAUGCCUGUAGCUUAAAACUUAUUAUGUAUGAAUCAAAUGUAUCAGAAUAUCUGUUGUGGCUUAUCCUGUGUUUAUUGAUUAUACUGCUUGCUACAUUGAAUGUGCAAUACCAUUAUUUGAUCAUUCAGCUAAUGAUCAUGUUAUGAGCUUUAAAAGUUAUAUUCAUGUAUUUGUUUCCUGCAAAUUGUUUUAUACUGUUUAAAAUAUGUUAUUAUACUCUUGUUACUUUUAUAAACUUUCCUACUUGUAUUCUAAAAUUGCAUUGAAAAACAAACCCCAUUGGCCAUUUUUCAGAGAAGCAUAUGAAGAACUCUGAUUGAUUUAUUCAUAAUUAAUGAUUCAAGCAAGAUAAUAUAUUUUUUGAUUCCCAGUAACUGUCCUUUCCUUUUUGAGUCAACUGGACGUUUCUCAUUGAUAGCCACUUUAAUCUGCAAUUUCAUGCUAGUGAACUCUGUUCAUGUAAUGGGCAGCUCAUUGCCAUCCCUUUGCACUCUUUUGAUUAUACAUUAAUUUUAAGAGAUUGUUUUUCUGGUAACACAAUGGGUGUCCACUCAAUUUUCAAGCAGAUUAAGUCAUGUUGUUGUUUGUGCAUCUAAUGGACUUAUAGCUGGUUUUAAGUCUGUUUUCCUACAUUCCAUUUCUUAUACUGAGUUAUGUAUAUGUUCUGAGAAAAUGCCAACACUCAUGUUGUUAGUGUAGGUGUCAUAUUUGUUUACUGAUGUGGUGUUUUAUAUGGUAAUCAUGUACAAGAGAAAAUACAAAGUUAAAUUUUC